UUCCCGCGCUAGUGGGGGAGACGGAAUUGUGAUGAGUUACAACAGGAAUGCCAACUCCAGGUAGAGGAUGCUAGGAGCAAAAGUACAGGGUGAACAACACUCUGUGCCUCCAGAGCUCUGAGCGCGGGUCUCCGUGCGGCACCUGCCUGAGCCCGGGACGGAGCUCAUGCUCGAGGAGGGCUAGGCGCUGGUGCUACUCACACGCCCUCUGCAGAAGACCCCAGCGGUUCCAGGAGACCUGCAGCUUCCCCUAAGUCAGAGGGGCCCAGUUCGCCUUCAGAGAGCAAAGAAAAUAAAAACUCAAGGAGCAUCUGUUAAAAAGAAAAACUCUUUUUGCAUACAAAUAGGAAAAUCAGAAAUUCUCCAGUAGAAACGAGGGAAUGAUGACAUCUGAGGGUCUGGUCCAAGAAGAGACAAAAGUUCUGAAACUUAAGACAAAAAUGGCUGAUAAAGAAAAUGUCCAUAGACCUACAAGGAGCAAAAAUAAUGUAACAAUGGGAAACAAUUGUAUUCCGUUAAAACCUUCUAACGAAUUAACCAAUUCAACUAUAGCCACUGAUACAUGUAACUUGGAGAAUAAUAACCAAACUCUGCAGUUGUUACUAAUUACAAAUGAUCGCCAAGGUCAACAUAUGACAUUAAGCCAAACGUUUCACAUUAAAAACAAUAAUGAAAAGAAACAAGUGACUACAGAAAAACCAAAGGAAGGUGCUAUUGUGCUCAAGAAACCUGUGCUUGGAUUUUAUCGUGGCCAAAUUGUUCAAUCUAAGGUUAAUUCAUUUAGAAAACCUGUACAAGUCAAAGAUGAGCAUUCUGCAAGAACAAAGAAACUUUCAACUCCUAUCUCUAAGGCCACAAAACCUCAGCCUAUAAUCACCAGCAGUGUAACAGCAAAAAGUCACAGAGCCUCAAAUAUGAUGACAAUGACUACAUUUGUGAGGGCUACAUCUCAGAAUGAACAACUUUUACGUCCUCCUAUUAGAAGUCACCACAGUAAUACUCAUAAUACCCAGGACUCCCUGAAACAAGGCGUUGCCAGUGUUACGGUUCGGAAAGGGUCUCAUGAGAAAGAAUUACUGCAAUUAAAAACAGUUUUAUCUAGUGUCAAAACCAUUUCUUCUCAGGAAGUAAAAAGAAGUAAGACAGUAUCAAGAAGCAUCACAUCUGAAAUGAUAGCCGGGCCUCAUGAGAAAGAAUUACUGCAAUUAAAAACAGUUUUAUCUAGUGUCAAAACCAUUUCUUCUCAGGAAGUAAAAAGAAGUAAGACAGUAUCAAGAAGCAUCACAUCUGAAAUGAUAGCCGGGCCUGCUUCAUCUUCUAAUAUCAAACAGAUAGGAAAGUCAAAAACCAUUGAACAGUGCAGGCAUACUAUAGCAAAAGCAACUAUCAAUAGAAGGGCUCAGCCCAAAGAAACAGUAGGAGAAAGAAAAGCUCGUCUGAGUGAGUGGAGAGCCAGCAAAGGAAAAAUGUUGAAAAGGCCUCCUAGCUCAGUAAUAGCCCCGCCUGAACCUGAAGGACAGAAUGAAAAACCAGUUGGGUCAUUUUGGACUACCCUGGCAGAAGAAGAUGAACAAAGAUUACUUACUGAAAAAGUAAACAAGACAUUUUCUGAAUGCCUAAACCUGAUUAAUGAGGGGUGCCCCAAAGAAGAAGUAUUAAACAUACUGAGUGACCUGAUUAAAAAUAUUCCAGAUGCCAAAAAACUUGUUAAGUAUUGGAUAUGCCUUGCACGUCUUGAACCACUCACAAGUUCUAUUGAAAAUAUUAUCUCAAUCUUUGAGAAGGCCAUUCUGGCAGGAGCUCAGCCUAUUGAAGAAAUGCGACAUGCAAUUGCAGAUAUUCUAACAAUGAAGAGUCAAAAAAAAGUUAAAUUUGGAGAAAAUCCUGAGGAGGCUUGUGCAACCAAGGAAAAAAUCCAAGAAGUCAACAUUGAAGAUAUUGGUGUUAAUCUAGAGUCAGGAAAACCUGAAAUGGAAAAUAAACAUCAUAGAAAUGUGGUAUUUCAAGAUUGUAAAAAAGAGCGAGUACACAACACAAAAGAUCCAACCAAUGAUGUUAAAACCCCCAACAAAGAAACUAGGGAGGAUUGCUUAAUUAAAUAUAUCGUGUCUACUACACCAUACUUUCAAAGUGUAAAAAAGAAGAUGCAGUUUGACGAAAUAAAUUCUACAUCUAAAAAGCUCAAGUUUCUAACACCAGUUAGACGUUCUCAGCGACUUCAAAACAAGACUUCUAAAUUGCCUGAUAUGUUAAAAGACCAUUAUCCUUGUGUGUCUUCAUUGGAACAGUUAACAGAGUUGGGGGAUGAAACUGAUGCUUUUAUCUGCCGCCCUAAUGCAGCACUGUGCCGGAUGUAUUUGGAGACUGAAACAACAGAAGACAAAUGAAGCUAUGAUAAGAACUAAGGAUUUUAUUAUUCCUGGGGUGUUCGUUGUGGGUUCAUAUGUAUUCGUUCAGGAGUUGGCCAUGUUACCUAAGUAUUCAUGGCAGUAAACUCCUUUAUAAUAUUCACAUCUAUGUUCUUUUAAUAUAAUUAAUAAAUG